AGCUACUAACACAUGGGCAGAUACACUAUGGAGGGGAAGGCUAAAACGAAGUCAUUUGCUGCUAAAGAUGGGAAAAAAGCGGCAUUCAAGAGAAAAGGCCAAGCAGCUGGGAGACCAUCUGACAAACCUGGCAAACAACCAUUUAAACCACACGCCAAAGGCACAGGAAAGACAUUUGAAAAGCCCAGAGGAAAAGGAGGCCCACAGAAAUUUUUAAAGAAAAAGACAACAGAUGGAACAUUCACAAGGAAGAGGAAAGCGUCAUUUGGGAAGGAGACACAUGAAGAAGGUUCUGUAGCUAAGAAACCCAAGUGGGAUGAAUUCAAGCAGAAGAAGAAAGAAUUGAAACAGAAUCGCCAACAGAAUGAGAGGAAAGAGAGUUAUCACAUAAUAACAAGAGCCAAGCAAGUGUGGGAGAUGGUCAGGAGGAAAGACUGUGAUAAAGAAAAGAGAGCAAAACUGAUGAAAGAACUGCAAGGGCUUGUGCAAGGCAAGAUUAAAACAAUUGCCUUUGCUCACGAUUCUACCCGAGUGCUGCAGUGUUACAUUCAGUUUGGGAAUGACAAGCAGAGACAGGAAGUUUUUGAGGAACUCAAAGAUCAUGUGAUUGAGUUGAGUAAAUCCAAGUAUGCCAGAAACAUUGUGAAGAAAUUUUUGAUGUAUGGGAACAAGCAGCAGGUUGCAGAGGUGAUAACAGCCUUUAAGGGGAAAGUGAGGCAGAUGCUGCGACACUCGGAAGCCUCCUCAGUGGUUGAGUAUGCUUACAACGACAAAGCCAUACUCUCACAAAGGCUCAUGCUUACAGAGGAGCUCUAUGGCAACACAUUCCAAGUAUGCAAGUCUUCCGUGUGUCCGACGCUAGACAAAGUUUUAGAGACCAAUCCUGAUAAGGCGAAUGGAAUCAUGGAUGAAAUGAAGCAGAUUCUUACACCCAUGGCCCAGAAGGAGGCGGUGAUAAAACAUUCUCUCGUCCACAAGGUGUUCUUAGACUUUUUCUUGCACGCACCAGCCAAACAGAGAACAGAAAUGAUCGAGUCCAUCAGAGAAUCAGUGGUGUAUAUGGCCCAUACCCACGAUGGGGCUAGAGUCGCCAUGCACUGCUUGUGGCAUGGAACACCCAAAGAUAGGAAAGUUAUUGUAAAAACCAUGAAGACAUACAUUGCAAAAUUUGCAAUGGGUGAGUAUGCUCACUUAGUACUUCUUGCUGCCUUUGACUGCAUUGAUGACACAAAACUGGUGAAACAGGCCAUUAUAUCGGAGAUGAUCAGCUCCCUGCCAGAUAUCAUCAGGAACAAGUAUGGUAAAAAGGUGUUACUGUACCUCCUAAGCCCCCGAGACCCAGCCCACCUCCUACCUGAGAUCAUCCAAGUACUUGAGAUGGGUGAUGGCAAUGCCCACAGUAAAAAGGAUGUGGCUGUUCGACGGAGAGAGCUGUUGGAGGCUGUAUCUCCUCCCCUGCUGAAGUACUUGUGUGAAAACGCCCAAUCGAUGGUGACAGACAAAGCCUGCAGCGUGGCCGUCAGUGACAUCCUAGGAGCUGCUCUCGGUGACCUGCGACCUGCCAUGGAGGCAGUAGCAGAUCUGGCUGCAGCGGACUUUGUACCUGGUGGAGUAGAUGGCCAGUUACAUAUGGCUGAAGAUCCUGCUGGUCACCUGGUGCUGAAGUGGUUGAUAGAACAGGAUGCUAAGUUGAAGGAGGCAGGAAGAGAAGAGCGCUUCUCUAGGGUCUUGCUGGAGAGAGUUGGUCUAGACAAACUCAAAACUUGGGUGGCAGUCAACCGUGGUGCUAUUGUGCUGUGCUGCCUUCUUCAAAGUGCAGAUGAGAGUGUCGCAGAGGAGGUGAAGGGUGCGCUUAAAUCUGUUGUUCCCGACUUACAAAAGAUCCAGAAUUCAAAAGGAGUGGAAGCUCUGCUGGAGAAACUGGACUGAGAGAGAAUGUACCUCCCAAGCGAUGGAGAAAUCUUUGUCCCUGAGUUUGACCUGUGUAUUUAAACAUAAAAUCUUUGCCUUGACCCUCAGCAAGUAUUUUCUGAGUCAUUUGAAUAUGUAUAUAAAUGUUAGACUUUGUGAUGUUCUGUUGUCUCUAUGCUGAAAUUCUAAAACCUUUAACAUUCUGCUUUUUAGCGGAGAUGUAUAUUUUCAAGGCAGGAAGUCUAUCUUUGAGUAUAAGAAUAUUCCAAUUCAACAAGCAGAAAAGUCAGAAAUCUAAAAGGGCAGAUCAUUUUUGUGAAAUACAACAUAAA